GACUGUGGGCAGCCGGCCGUGCGCCUGCGCGGUGGCCCUUCCGUGCCGGCAGUCGUGGCUGCGGAGCUGAGGCGAGAGGUUGGUGGGUGUUGGCGGCCACGAUGACCCAGGCUGAGAAGGGUGACGCGGAGAACGGGAAGGAGAAGGGCGGAGAGAAGGAGAAGGAGCAGCGGGGCGUGAAGCGGCCCAUCGUGCCCGCGCUGGUGCCGGAGUCGCUGCAGGAGCAAAUCCAGAGCAACUUCAUCAUUGUCAUACAUCCAGGUUCAACAACUUUAAGGAUUGGUCGAGCCACAGACACUCUUCCUGCCAGCAUUCCUCAUGUCAUUGCACGAAGACACAAACAACAAGGGCAGCCCCUAUACAAGGACAGUUGGCUUCUAAGGGAGGGACUAAAUAAACCGGAAAGUAAUGAACAAAGACAAAAUGGCCUUAAAAUGGUGGAUCAAGCAAUAUGGUCUAAAAAGAUGUCCAAUGGUACAAGACGCAUUCCUGUGUCCCCUGAACAGGCACGCUCUUACAAUAAGCAGAUGAGACCUGCAAUUUUAGAUCACUGUUCGGGAAAUAAGUGGACAAACACAUCUCAUCACCCUGAGUAUUUAGUAGGAGAGGAGGCCUUGUAUGUUAAUCCACUGGACUGUUACAAUAUUCACUGGCCUAUUAGAAGAGGUCAGUUAAAUAUUCAUCCAGGCCCUGGGGGCUCUCUUACAGCUGUUCUGGCAGAUAUUGAAGUAAUAUGGUCUCAUGCGAUACAAAAAUACUUGGAAAUCCCACUGAAAGAUUUAAAGUAUUAUAGAUGUAUCUUGUUAAUUCCUGAUAUCUAUAAUAAACAGCAUGUGAAGGAACUAGUGAAUAUGAUACUAAUGAAGAUGGGCUUUUCAGGGAUCGUGGUCCAUCAGGAGUCUGUGUGUGCCACCUAUGGCAGUGGCUUAAGCAGCACGUGUAUUGUAGACGUUGGGGACCAGAAGACAAGCGUAUGCUGUGUGGAGGAUGGGGUGUCUCAUCGGAAUACUCGGCUUUGUCUGGCAUAUGGAGGAUCUGAUGUGUCAAGAUGUUUUUACUGGCUAAUGCAGCGAGCUGGGUUCCCUUACAGAGAAUGCCAGUUAACAAAUAAAAUGGAUUGUCUUCUUCUGCAACACCUUAAAGAAACUUUUUGUCAUUUAGAUCAGGACAUCUCUGGGCUUCAGGACCAUGAGUUUCAGAUUCGACAUCCUGAUUCUCCUGCCCUGCUUUACCAGUUUCGAUUAGGAGAUGAAAAACUCCAGGCUCCAAUGGCUUUGUUCUACCCCGCAACUUUUGGAAUUGUUGGACAGAAAAUGACGACUUUGCAGCACAGAUCUCAGGGCGAUCCUGAGGAUCCUCACGAUGAACAUUACCUGCUGGCCACACAGAGCAAACAAGAACAGUCUGCAAAAGCUACUGCUGACCGAAAGUCUGCAUCCAAACCUAUUGGAUUUGAAGGGGAUCUUCGUGGCCAGUCCUCUGAUCUUCCAGAAAGACUCCAUUCCCAAGAAGUAGAUUUGGGGUCCUCACAGGGAGAUGGCCUGAUGGCCGGCAACGAUUCCGAGGAGGCCCUCACUGCACUGAUGUCCAGGAAGACUGCCAUCUCGCUGUUUGAAGGGAAAGCCCUGGGCCUGGAUAAAGCUAUCCUUCAUAGCAUAGACUGCUGUUCAUCCGAUGAUACCAAAAAGAAGAUGUACAGCUCCAUCCUAGUGGUGGGAGGUGGUUUGAUGUUUCAUAAAGCUCAAGAAUUUCUGCAGCACAGAAUUCUCAACAAAAUGCCACCAUCGUUCAGGCGAAUUAUUGAAAAUGUGGAUGUGAUCACAAGGCCUAAGGACAUGGACCCCCGACUGAUUGCAUGGAAAGGAGGGGCAGUGUUGGCUUGUUUGGAUACAACACAGGAACUGUGGAUUUAUCAGCGAGAGUGGCAGCGCUUUGGUGUCCGCAUGUUACGAGAGCGGGCUGCGUUUGUGUGGUGAAUGGGGAGGAAAUGUCACUGCUGAAGACCAAAAACAAGCUUCUUGGUAUAAAAGACUCUUACAGAAUAUAGGUAUUGUAAUUUAUUGGUCUAGAUGCUUAAGUGUCAUGGACAGUAAAUGAAUUUGAACUUUAUGUUGAGGACAUGACAUUGGUUUGAAAUUAUAAACUGCUUUUGAGCAGUUUGGUCAGGGCAUUUGAGAAUAAAUAGGAACUUACUCUUCAGUUGUAAACUCUCUUGCCCUCUCUCAGGGUCUCAUAAACUCCCCAGUGAUGUAAACAUUGCUAUUGAAGUUUCUCAUGUGGUGAAGCCCUUCAUUUAAGUUGGCUCGUUGAAUCUCAUCAGCAGGCAGCCUCAUAAAACCAUGAGGGGUAGUGUGUGACGAGGGAGAACUGUCCACUCAUGCCAUUCUCUCUCUUGUCUAGUAUUUCAUUAGGAUCUAAAGUUGUCUGAGUUAAAUGUACUUAUGAUGUGACUCAUAUGUCCUUUUAGAAUCC